AUGUGGCUUGACCGGCUCGGCGCUCACAACAACCCUCAACAAUCCUCCAACCCGAAUAGCAGACCUAUCUCCCCCCUACCUCGACGAGUUUCCAGUCGCGGCAGUCCAUACGUCACAUCACAGUCACGGUCAGCGAGAGGGUCUGAGGUCUCCUUGGUAUCGUCGAGUGACACCGGUUCGACCACUUCCCUCCUUCGAGGGUCAGGACGGCCCAAUGGCGGUCAACUGGGCAGCUCUUCGCUCAAGCAGAGCACCACAGUCGAUGAUGGAUCCGAGUCGCUGUCCGUGCUGAGCAAAAUACUUGGGGGCGAGGCAGCUACGGACCGAGCAGACUCUAGUGGCAUGCCGUCCCCUGUGACAGCACAGGACAACCCCUUUGGCUCGACUAUAACCGAAGAGGAUCUCAACAUUGAGUUUGACUUUGGCGGGGCUUCUCUGCGAGAAUUCAUUGCCCAGGGCGACGACGGGAGCUCCGGCGCAGGUGUACAUAGAUCGCAGACAGUUGAAGAAUAUGAGCGAGACAAGGCCAGAUACGAGGACUUGCACAAGUCCAUACGCGCGUGCGACGACGUCCUCAGCUCCGUCGAGACGAACCUGACCAGCUUCCGGAACGACCUCGCAGCCGUGUCUGCGGAUAUAGAGCACCUGCAGGCGCGCUCCACUGCUCUCAAUGUCAGGUUGGAGAAUCGCAAGGCCGUCGAGAAAGGGUUGGGCCCGGUGGUCGAGGAGUUGAGCGUCUCGCCCGUGGUGGUUUCUGAGAUCGCCGAGGGCCACGUCGACGAGUCGUGGGUCAAGAUGCUUGCCGAGGUCGAAAAGAGGUCUGAGGCGCUCAGCAAGAAUGCGAAACAGCAAGGGCAGAGCAGAGCACUGUCAGAUCUGGGGCCGUUGUUAGAAAAGUUGACGCUCAAGGCCAUCGAACGGAUAAGAGACUACUUUGUCGCGCAGGUAAAGGCUCUCAGAUCGCCACAUAUGAACGCGCAAAUCAUCCAACAGCAAAAGUUCUUGAAGUACAAAGAACUCUACGCCUUCCUACACAGACACCAUUCGCAGCUGGCAGACGAGAUAUCCCUUGCCUACAUGAACACUAUGCGGUGGUACUACCUCAACCAGUUUGGCCGGUACCAAAAGGCCCUCGAAAAAAUCAAGCUCCAUGUAAUCGACAAAACAGACGUCCUAGGUCACGAGGACACAUCCCGGAAAGCCACUGUCUUGGGCAGCAGUGCAAGAGGGUUCGGUGGUCCCCCUCAUGAUGCCUUCAAUAUCGGCCGUCGCAUCGACCUGCUCAAGACGCCGAACCAGACAGCCCUCAGCAGCUACCUCGCGGAAGAGGACCAGUCGACGCACUACCUGGAGGUGCCCUUUCGCAACUUCAACCUCGCGCUGCUGGACAACGCAACGGCCGAGUACACCUUCUUGGUAUCAUUCUUCACGCCGAGCCUGAGCAUGGCCAAGGUGGGCAAGAACUUCAACUAUAUCUUCGACCCGACAUUCCAGCUGGGCCACAACCUGACCAAGAGCCUCGUCUCCGAGACGUAUGACGGGCUGGGCCUGCUGCUGUGCAUCCGGCUGAACCAGCACUUCGCGUUUGAGCUGCAGCGGCGGCGCAUGCCGGCCAUGGACGGGUACAACAACGGCACAUCAAUGGCGCUGUGGCCGCGGCUGCAAGCGGUCAUGGACGCACACUGCGAGUCGGUGCGGGCCAUGACGUCGGCGCUGCCGCAGCGCCCCUUGCCCGCGGCGACGGCCCGCACGACCAGCGCGGCGCCCCACGUCGCGACGCAGCGCUUCGGCCAACUCGUCCACGGCAUCCUGUCGCUCAGCGGCGAGGGCGGCGGCACCGGCGGCGGCGGCGGCGACGACGAGCCGGUCGCCGCGUCGCUGGGCCGCCUGCGCAGCGAGAUGGAGGCCUUCCUCACCCGCUACAGCCAGGCGCACUUCGGCGCCGACGUCAAGGCCCGCAAGCGCGAGCGCUUCCUCUACAACAACUACAGCCUCAUCCUCACCAUCAUCGGGGACCUGGGCGGCGGGAAGCUGGCCGCUGAGCAGAUCGCGCACUUUGAGGGGCUCAAGACCGCUUUUCAGGAGGCUGCUUGA